GUCAUUUUGUAUGUCAUUCUUUCACUUGACUUUACAAUUUUGUGUAUUGAUCUGAUUCCAGGUACCUAUAACGCCCUGUUUGUUAUAUUGGCAAAAUGAGUAAUACUGGUGAACAGUUAACAUUAGCGAGAGAUAUUAAAAGAGCAAUAGAACUUUUAGAAAAAUUACAACAGAGUGGAGAAGUGCCCGCUACGAAAUUAGCUGCGUUACAAAAAGUUCUUCAAAGUGACUUCUUAAAUGCUGUAAGAGAAGUUUAUGAGCAUGUAUACGAGACUGUGGAUAUACAAGGCUCUGCGGAUAUCCGUGCCUCGGCCACAGCAAAGGCUACAGUCGCAGCAUUCGCUGCCGCAGAAGGUCAUGCCCAUCCUCGCGUAGUGGAACUUCCUAAGACCGAAGAAGGCCUUGGUUUCAAUGUUAUGGGCGGAAAAGAGCAGAAUUCUCCCAUUUACAUUUCGAGAAUAAUUCCUGGUGGUGUUGCUGAUCGCCAUGGAGGGCUAAAAAGAGGAGACCAAUUACUAUCUGUGAAUGGUGUAUCUGUUGAAGGGGAGAACCAUGAAAAAGCGGUAGAGCUACUCAAACAAGCUGUUGGAUCAGUUAAACUUGUUGUUCGCUACACACCAAAGGUAUUGGAAGAAAUGGAAAUGAGAUUCGACAAGCAGCGCACAGCCAGACGACGACAGAAUUACAAUUAAGUUAUCACAUUUAGAGUUUAAUACUGUUAUGAAAUUAUGAUUAGAGUAUUAGUGUUUCUGUAUUUUGAUGUCACUUAUAAAUCAGAGGCUGUUCCCAUUAUUUUUAUUUCUAAAGUCAUAAAUUAAAGUUAAAUGGUAAUCAAAACUUAUGCAUGAGAGUACAUCUGUAAAUUAUUUAUUGCUAAAAUAAGGAAUACUGAUUGCCUUGUUUUAAUACUUCCUGUUGACUAGACUGUACUGUGUAUCUACUACAUACUGUGUUUUUAAAAUAUAAGAACAUUCAUAUAAAUUAGAUAACAUGCCAUUUAGGCACCAAUUUUUAUAGUUCAUCUUUACAUUUAAGUUUUAAGCAUAUUAAAUAAAAUCAUUAUUGCAUUGUUAUAUAUGUUGGAAAUAAUCACAAAUGUAUGAGGUAUUAGGGAUACUUAUGUUAUAAUUAAACACUUAAAACA